GCUACAGGUGACAGCUGCUACUUCCGGGAACAUGGCUGCCUGGAGAGGGCUUUUUCAAAGGCUAGUGCGUAAUUAUGUGGCCCUCGGGGGCCCCAAGCCCCCAAAAGUUUAUGGAGCUAUUCGAAUUGGAGGAGCGGCGUUAGCCGGUGUCGGCGCUCUUUAUUCUGCUUCACUGUUGAUGAGUAGGAGCGAGCGGCAAGCAACAGGUCUUCUAACAGUGUGUGCUCAGAAUGCAGAUCUUAUUGACGAUACAAAAGAAAAGCAGUCAAUCCGAAAACAGCGGUUUAUGCAGUUUGCUUCAUUGAUAUAUGAUGGAGAACAUUACAUGACCCCCAGAGAUUUCCUGUUUUCUGUCAUGUUUGAGAAGGUGGAACGCAAAACAUUCGCGAAGAAUCUAUCAAAAAAGGAGCUGGAUGCUAUGCUGACACAGGCUUCCAAGGUUAAACCAGGAGAAACACUUUUCAGAGAUCUAGGAGACAAAGGAUUGAUCUCUUAUACCGAGUAUUUAUUCCUGCUGACAAUUUUAACAAAACCACACACGGGCUUCCACAUUGCAUUUAAAAUGCUAGACACUGACGGCAAUGAGCAAGUUGAAAAGAGAGAAUUUUUUAAGCUGCAGAAAAUCCUUGGCACUAAAGAAGACUUAACGUUGACUGUUGGAAGCACAUCUCCCCUGGAGCCUGCGUCAGAAAGCUUGGAUGGCAAUACAACACUGCUAGUGCAUUUCUUUGGAAGAGGAGGGCGAGACAAGCUACAGUUCUCAGAUUUCUCUAGAUUUAUGGAGAAUUUACAAACAGAAGUGCAGGAAAUGGAGUUUAUACAGUUCUCAAAAGGGAUGAACUUCAUGAGGAAGGAAGACUUUGCAGACUGGCUGCUUUUCUUCACAGAUGAAGAGAAUAAUGACAUUUACUGGCAAAAUGUGCAAUCUAGAAUCCCUCCGGGCGAGAGUAUCAACAUGAAGGAGUUUAAGAGCUUUUGUCAUUUCAUGAACAAUCUGGAAGAUUUCUCUAUUACAAUGCAGAUGUUUAGUGUGGCAAACCGAGCUGUGAAGUUGGCUGAAUUCAAAAGGGCUGUCAAAGUGGCCACAGGGCAGGAAUUAUCAAAAAAUGUUUUAGACACAGUCUUCAAGAUCUUUGAUCUUGAUGGUGACAACUGCCUAAGCCAUGGAGAAUUUCUUGGUGUUCUGAAGAACAGGCUUCACCGAGGUUUAAAGCAUGGUCCUCAACAGGAAGGUUUCCAAGGAUUCUGGAAAUGCUGUUAAAAAAGAAUCUAUUAAGGGAGCAAAGAAGCAUGGAAACAAACUGGAAAAAGCCCAUUUUAAUGUUUGUUAAAACUUUAUCCGCUUUUCUUUAUUCUUUGAUUAUUUUGUGUUUGUAUUAUGACUUAAUAUACAUCUCAUCUCUACAUAGCCUAUAACCCCCAUUUAUCAAAUGCUGAACAGACUAGGUUUGCUCCCGGGAACAUGAGCGACCAGCGGUAAGCACAGUUAUCACUGCAAGUGCAGGAGCGUCCCCUGCUCUCACCAACCAAUAGCGUGAAAGCAGGGCCUUGUCAGUCAUCCCUGGUGGAUCUGGCUGGGAUGAUAUAACUCAUCCACCUCUUAACACCACUGUUUGUUAAUUCGUAUUGCAGGCUCGCUUGCGCUCUGAAGCUGCAAUCACAGCCUUGAGAAAUAGCGCCCCUAUAUCUGCAUAUUUAGCCCAGACAUUGUAUACAGUACUGUCUUUGCUGCUUGGGUUUUAGACCAAGGUUGUCCAACCAAAUACCAAAAAACAUCUCAACGUACAUUUUUAUCUAACCCCAUAUCUCCCAAUUAGCAUCAUACAACACUGUUUUGUUAUCGCUUUUUUAUUAAUUGGUUAAUUCUGACUCUGCUUUGUUAAUCCAAUGUAUAGGUUUCAGUCUGUGUACAUGUAGUUUUUUAUAUUAAUCUUACUAAAGAAUUUGUCGUUUGAGGUUUGUUUAUAAUUAAGUAUAUAUUUGUGAUCAGUCAAUAUAUUUUAUGAGAUCUGCUCACCUGCCCUGUAAAAGUAAAAAAAUAAAUAUGGCCCCUCAUUUAACAAGGUUGGACACUCCUGUUUUUAGAUCACUGGGAGAUAGUUAUGUUGGAAAUCAGCAGCCUUUUUUUUCAUAUGUAACUGUUAUAAAUUGCAUUUGGGUUCCUUUGUGAGCCAUGUGCUCUCAGGAUUUGAAAACAGGCAGUUUAUUUGCAUCGUUGUCUUUAUGGAACAGUUUUGGCAACUUGUAAUUUGUAGAUAAGAAAUAUAGUCCAAUUCAGAUAAAGUCAUUAUUCAGAUAGAGCAUGUCAUUUUAAACAACAGUAUGCUUCAUUUGCUUGAUAUCCCCGGAGCAAUGCACCACUGGGAGCUAGCUGAACACAUCUAGUGAGCCAAUGACAAGAGUCAUAUACAGUAUGUGUCACCAAUCACCAACUAGAAAGUUGUUUAAAAAUGAGUGCUCUAUCUCACUGGUUUUCAAACCUGUUCUCAGGCCUCCCCAACAGGCCAGGUUUUCUGGAUUACCUUCCUAUGUUUACUAAGCAACUGAUUAUUUCACCUGUGCUCUAGCUCAGAUAUCCUCAAAAUGUGGCCUGAGGACAGGUUUGAAAACCAGUGCUCUAUCUGAAUCAUGAAAGUUUCAUUUUCCUUUUACUGUUCCUUUAAAAUAUUUAAAUUAAAAAUGGCUUCCUUCUGAAGCACAGACCUAUGAUAAAUCUCACAAACUGUAGUUGAUCAAUUUAUUUAAAAGCUGGUGGUUUCUGUUGUGAUCUAUAUGUGCCUUGUAGUUUUGUAAGUCACAAUAGUGAAAUAAAGUUUCAGAGUACUGAACCAAUUCACAAAACAUUGUGAGUGGUUACAGAUUUACUAUAUCUGGCACUUAAAAUCCAGAGAUAUAGAAAUUCAAUGCUGUGUAUACUGGGAACAAUAGAUAAAGUCCAAAUGUUUAAUUAAAAUAAACUUGUCACCAUCAUGUGUAUCUAAGAACCAAAGAAAAAUAUCCAGGAGUUUUGUAUUUUAUUUAGCACUUUAAAAUAAUGAAUUGGAUUUUUAUCUAUUUAAAAAUAAAAAAUCAAUAUAAAAAACUACAAAAUAGCAGUGUAUAAUUAAUAUAAAAAUGCCCCUUCCCCUCUUGUUAUAAAUGGCUCAGAAAGAGCACCCUUCAUAAGUGAUGGAGUAAGGAGUAGGAUGGCUGAUAUUUACAUGUCAAUUUAUGACAAAAGGAAAUACAUUUUUUUUUUGUCGUAUAUGAAGAGAAGUAUCUAAUUCAGGGACAAAACUGGUUAAAGUCCAUAAGAAAUGUCCUGUUAAUAAUCACUAUACCAUACACAAAGCUGCACAGUACUAAAGAGACCUAAAUGAUGUAUAUGUAGCAUUGAGAUUUGUUUACACUGUUUAUUUCAAAAGAGAUGCCAACCCUUUUGUACAUGACAGCAGAGUGUUUUAAUAUACAAUUUAUUCUGCAAUCAGGAUAAUGGUUACCUCCCUGUUGUAUCUAGUGGUAUGUACACUCCCUAGCUGUAGAGUAUGUUUACAAACCAACAGUGCAGCAACAGGUUGCCCUUGUACUUGGGCACAGAUAUAAUGGGAACCCAUAUGCAUAGUUUUAUUAUAGUUCUUCAUGGUGUCUCAAAAAUGAGUGUUCUUUUUCUAUUGCUAUUCAAGUUUAUAGGGUUUUUUGUACAGUCAGCCAUUUAUCUGGAACACUGAUUUAGCCAAAAAUAAUGAUGUGCCAAACGUAAGUUAGUGAUCCGUGUAGUACAAAACUGUCUCAUAUGUUACUGCUGCCUUUUCAGUGAGGGAAACAGUUAAAUUGCAGUUUACAGAAUAUGACUAUUAAACAUGCACUAAUUCUAAAGAAAAGGGGGAAAAAAACUUUACAAAAAUCUGCAUUUUGAUGACUGAUUUGUUACAUUUUUCAAAGUUUUGGGUAUUAUUUUUAUACAAAUUAAAGGUGAUUGUUUAAUCUACAAAUAUAUCCUGUUUGGUAUAUAGAGUGCUUAACGUAUAAAGCGUUUUUGUUUCCUUCUGUUUCUUAUAUCUGGAAUGUGUGUAAUUUUCUAUAUCUUUAAUAAAAGCAUAAUUUAAAUAAA